AAAUACACAAAACACAACAAUUCCCAAAACACUUCAUCAGUUUAAAAAACACAUUUCACAGAAUGCAACAUUUCAGAAAACACGUUUGAGCAGCGUGUCCGUCCCUGGUGUGACGUCACUGUCUGGCCGCAGGGGGGCGCUCGUCAUCCGCGCGGCCGGACACCGGGAGCGUCCUUGUGCAACACUGAAAGUCUUCCCCCGCUGCAGGAGGAAACAGCAGAGCGGCGGCGGGUCGUGGCUGGUGGCUGCUGCUGGUCGGACAAUGUCGGGCAGAAAGCCCCGCUCGGUGGCAAACCCGCUGGAGUCUGCGAUCACCACCCCGAGUGAGAGGAUACUGAAGGAAUGCCACAGCCUGUAUGUGGACACCGAGAACGGCCUGGUGAAGAUCGCCAGCAGUCUUGGAGUGCGGCUGCUGCCUCCCAGAAAGAAGAUCAUUGUGAUGAUAAUGGGUAACCACUCUGCAGGGAAGAGUUCCUUCAUCAACUGGUACGCUGAAGAGCACAUUCAGAAAACAGGCGUUGCCAUCGAAACGCAGGGAUUCACGUUCAUCACAAGUGGUCGCAAGAGAGAAUCACUGACGGGAAAUGCAACCUUACAUCUCUACCCUCACUUUCGACCACUGCUUGAGUUCAAAGGUGUUACCGACUAUCUGUCCGCUGAGAUCUCCACCUCCAAGCAGAAGAAGUUCAGCCUGGUGACAUUUGUGGACACGCCCGGUUUGGUGGACGGAGACAUGGUCUACCCCUUUAACGUGAACAGCGCCAUCACCUGGUUGGGAGAACAGGCCGACCUGGUGUUUGUGUUUUUCGACCCGAUGGGUCAGGCGCUCUGCAAACGCACGCUCAACAUCGUGGAGCAGCUGAGUGAGAAAUGUGGAGACAAGCUGUUGUUCUACCUCAGCAAGGCAGAUGAAGCUGGGAGUGAAACCGACAGACAGAGGGUGAUGAUGCAGAUAGUUCAGGAACUGUGUCGCCGUCCAGGUCUCAACAAGUGUGGUUUUGAGAUGCCGACAAUAUACAUCCCCAACCCAUCGAAGCCGAGCCGGUGUGUGAACCAGAUCGAUGGGGUGUGUCAGACCAUCGAGAAGACCAUCAACCAGGCCGUUCAGAAGACUCUGGAUCAGCUGGAGAAGGACUCUGACCUCAUUUGUUCCACCAUCAGCAGCAGACUGGAGAAGGACAGGGCAGACGCGAGCUACAACAAAAGCGUCCGUCUUCACUCGUUCUUGUGCGGCGCUCUGGGUAUUGUCCUGCCUGCCCUCUUCAUCCUCAGUUUCAUUGUGCACACACUCUCCAAAGAGCAACUAGAUGAGCUGCUGGGCGAAGGGACGGCGCGGACCGUCUCCAUCUGCACGGGAAUAGUGAUGUACAUAUGGGACUGGAUACCAGAAGAUGGACAAGUUGUGUUUGUGAUCUUUUUCGGGGCUUUUUGCUACCUCCUGCUGUUCCUGGCCAAAUAUUUUGCAGGCCGAGGGACUAAGACUCUGACGAAGAAGGAGAAGAGGGCGAUGGCAGAGUACAGCGAUUAUAUCCAGGAUAUCGUCAAAACUAAGAAGGGGAAGCUGUAUGAAUGGUACCUGCAGCAGUGUGCAGCAGAAUACGACCUCUGACCGCCGGGAUAAGCUGAAGACAGAUUAAACGUGCGUGUCGGCACAUUGCUUCAAGAUUUUUUGUGAAAAUUGGAACCAGCUGGACUUUCUAAACAGAUGAUCGUCCGCCAGUCAAUCAGGUUCUUCUCCUCUCAGUCCGACGGGUGUAGCUCGGAUCACUGCCAGUGUUUUUUCAUCUCAAGAUCUCAGAUUAAAGAUGAAGAUCAAAAAUUGGAAAAAAAAAGAAAGUGCCUUAAAUCGUAACUGUGAUUUGUCAUUUCAUGAAAGCAAAAUUUCAUAAUGUGAAGUGAUUUAUGCUAGAAGUGUUUACAACUGGACUUUUUUCUUAAUCUCUAUAAACUAUAAAUGAUAAUGAGUUGUUUUUCUGCCAGUUUUUCUACAAUGUCCUCUGUAAAGCUCAUGUAGUCGAGACCGUUGAGUCCUGAAGUCGGUCUUGUUGUCUUCAUACGACACCAGAAUGUCUCACGUUUGCAAUAUCGCAAUAACCAAUAUGACACUCGGGGCAUUAAAGUUCGGCGAAUAUUUUCCCACAAUUCAGAGCUGCCAGCUUUCUCCUCCUUCCAAAGAGUCUCUGUCCUCCUCUUCAACUUGUGUUUGUGUCGUGUGAUGUGUAGAGACGUCAGAUAUGUUCAUAUAUAACUCACGUGAUAGUAUUUACAGAAACCGCUGUGAUUUAAAUACAACAGUAUAGUGAAGCAGGUGAGAAAAGAAGUCUGUCGCUGCACCGACUUAGUUGUUAAUGAGCACUGAACCCGUCAUGUCGUCCAUUGAAUCUAGUUUUAUGACUUAAUCACCAUAUACUGCCUUCACUCCAGUGUUUGUGGACAUAUUUAUUAGUAUCUGAGGUGCUUUUUCUGUCCAAAUAUUGUAGAGAAAACUAUUUGGGCUGUUUGCAAUAUUAUUGUGAACACUGUCAGUGUGUAUUGUGUGUUUCUGUGUGUGUUAGCUCCCUCGCCUUUAGGGAAAAAAAAGCUUUGUUUUACCAGAUAUUUCAUUUAUACAUUGUAUGUGAAUUUGUCUAUUCUCUGUAAUGUUUCCAGUUAUUGUCUUUCUCGAGACUCAACCCUCUUUUGUCUAGCAAUGACUUUCUAUUAACUCCGACUCAAAGAAUGAAACUCAAACUAUGCUCUGUCUCUUCCUCAAAAGAUUAUUAAACAUUUUCUACUGAC